AUGGCCAUCCGAAAUUCGGAAUCAGAAAAUGUUCUUAUGACUGAGGAAGCCGUUAUCCGACAGUGUAAGAUACAUAAAGGAUAUUCUACUCCAGAAUUAAACGAAAAACUUUAUCUUCAUCACCUCGGUUUUACCAAAAUUUCUUCCCUAGACGCUUUUCACCAAUGUACAGUUUUAUAUCUCAACAAUAAUGCGAUUAACAACUUUGAGGGUAUUGGCUCACUACAGAGAUUGUAUGCCCUUUAUAUAAGCAAUAAUGCCUUUCAAGAUUGUCUUAGUCUCCCAUUAUUACCAUCUUUACGCAUUCUUGAUAUUUCAUGCAAUAGUAUCGCAAGCUUAAAGGGACUUGCAAAUGCUCCUGGGUUAGAAACGUUACUCGUUUCACGCAACUGUAUUGAAAAUCUCGAAGGAUUGGAACCUCUAGAAAAUCUUGUAAAUCUAGAUGUUUCAUUAAAUUUAAUUUCUAAACCAGAAAAUAUACUACCCUUUAUUUUCGCAAAAAAUACACUUCGAACUUGCAUAUUGCAUGGAAAUGAUUUUAUAGGAUUAGUCCCUUCAUAUAGAAAAACACUCAUUUCGCGAUUGCCGUCUCUACGAUUUUUAGAUCGUUAUCCAGUGUUUCAGGAUGAACGAAAAUGCGCGGAAGCUUACGCGACAGGAGGUGUACCAGCAGAAAAGGCGCAGCGAGAAGAAAAUCAACGAGAAGAAGAAGAAGAAAGAAAAAAACAGUUUAUUUUCUUCACCGAACACCGCGCCGCGGCACAACUAGACAGAGCCGCCGAGGGCCCCACAACCGCCCGCACCACAUACUUCAAAGACAACGAAACCGACGACAUGAUAUAUAUCCCAAAUCGUUAA